CGAGCAGCGCCGGCCGGCCGGCCCGAGUGCAGCGCAGCCGCCGCGGAGCGAGGAGUGCGGGGAGCCGGCCAUGGGCAAGUCAGCUUCGAAACAGUUUAAUGAGGAGGUGCUGAAGGCUCACAAUGAGUACCGGCAGCAGCACGGCGUCCCCCCGCUGAAACUCUGCAAGAAGCUCAACCGCGAGGCUCAGCAGUACUCCGAGGCCCUGGCCAGCACGCGAAUCCUCAAGCACAGCCCAGAAUCCAGCCGUGGCCAAUGUGGGGAGAACCUCGCUUGGGCAUCCUACGAUCAGACAGGAAAGGAGGUGGCCGACAGGUGGUACAGCGAGAUCAAGAACUACAACUUCCAGCAGCCGGGCUUCACCUCAGGGACAGGACACUUCACCGCCAUGGUAUGGAAGAAUACGAAGAAGAUGGGCGUGGGGAAGGCAUCAGCGAGUGACGGCUCCUCCUUCGUGGUGGCCAGAUACUUCCCAGCCGGGAAUGUUGUCAACCAGGGCUUCUUCGAGGAAAACGUCCUGCCUCCGAAGAAAUAACAGGUGCAGCGUGACCGGAAGGUGUGAGACCUGAGCCUGUGGAUAUGAAGUGCCUCCAACGCCAAAACCCCAGCUGUGUGUCCGUCCCUGUGUGUGCGGUGCGUGUGCGCAUCUCUCGUACACACACCCGGAUACACAGUUCUGCAGCAGCUCGUUCUAACUCCAGGAAUGAGCCUUUGCCCUGGUGGUGGUGAGCUAGACCACAGUGUUUUGGAUUUGGGGUGGGAGGGGGAAGUCAAUUUGUAAACAUGUUUUGGUUAUCUUGUAAGCAAGCUGCUUUUGUAUCUUUCUUCUAAUACCCAUCCUUGGACUUUUUUGUAUUCCAACGAUUUGUGACGCCAAGAAGAGAAGUUCAUAUCUUGUGCUCUCCAUGUGUUGCUCUCUACUUUGGGGAGAUAUUUAAGACUACCCAGCUAGCCUUCCCCUCACAGGACCCAAAACCCAGCUUUAAAGGCCUCACGGUAAAGCAGCUUCCAUGGAACCUGGGCCGGCCAGGGGCUGCGUCUCAUCGAAGGGUUGAGAUUUCUCAGCUGUGAGCCAUGAUGUCAUCCUGCGUGUCUCUGGGGGAUUCUCUUGUGCCUGCCAAGGACAAAGCGGAGAGAAACGCUUUGCUUCCUUGCCUCUUUCUACCUCCAACUAGCACAGCACCCUAGCCACGACCACCUCUUGCCCUCCCCUCGUCUUUCUUCUUAAACUCUUGGGGCUCUUCAGAGCUCACUGUGCUAGCCCACCAUGCAGGGAGGGCCAGGCCUGGCACUCCCCCCUCUGCCCGGCUAGGUGACUCAGGACAGCCCCUCACGCCGCCUGGGCUCUCGGCCAAGUGGCCUUGGAUGGAUGAAGUCACUGAGCUGGUGAGCUCACCCGGGGCCCCUGGAGGAAGCCCUCCAGCCUUCCCACGCAGGGCGGGGUCCUGGCCUGUGGCUGCAGCUGUGCUGGCGCUCCCUCCCUCGUGGAAUGUGUGACAGGUCCAAGUGUUCCAGGGCCAUGUCUUGGGCAGGGGGCUUAGAGACGCUAAUUUGGUUCUGGGUUAUGCCUCAAACUAGACGAGUACCUUUGAAUAGCAGUCUCACAAGGCCCGGAUGUGAGGGAACGACCCAGGCAGCAAGCCCAGUGUCCCCGAAAUCAAGGCAUCUCCCAUCUGUCAGGACAGGGGAGCCAGAGGGGAGUGAGGGAACUGAAGCUUCAAGACAGGAGUCUGGGCAAGCCAGACCCCGACGCAGCCUGCGAAAGUUCAGUGCUGCACUGCGAACAGUAUCAUGCCACGCCUCGCAGCCCAUCAGGGAUAUUGACUAAUAAGAAAAUAAAGCCUUGUGUGUAACGUCUUCCUCCAUGUGAUUCCUGCCCCACUGCGGUCGGUGGCUGAGACAGUCUGUGGGCUGAAUUCCUGUCUUGAGUAACUCAAGCCAACCCUCCCCUGAAGAUGGUGCUGCUUAAAAGGCCAGUUGGGGGUGUACCUGUGGCAUAGCGGGUAAAGCCGCCACCUGCAGUGCUGGCAUCCCAUAUGGGCACCAGUUCGAGUCCCAGCUGCUCCUCUUCUGAUCUAGUUCCCUGCUAUGGCCUGGGAAAGCAGUAAAAGAUGGCCAAAGUACUUGGCCCCUGCACCCACGUGGGAGAUCUGGAAGAAGCUCCUGGCUCCUGGCUUUGGCCUGACCCAGCCCUGGCUGUUGUGGCCAUUUGGGGAUUGAACCAGCAGAUGGAAGAUCUCUCUCUCUCUCAUCUCUGCUUUUAAAAUAAAUAAAUAAAUCUUAAAAUAAAA